CUUGCAUUGUUGCUUAGAGUGGUCAGAAGACUCUGCAUUUUGUCAGCGUCUUCGCCAAAUAAAACUAUGUCAUCAGCAUAUUCUAAGUCAACAAGUGAACCUCUCGGUAGAAGUUCAACCCCUGUAAAUUUAGAUGAGGAGAGUGUUAUCUCUAAAAGUACGUCAAUGACAAAGUUGAACAAGAAUGGGGAGAGUGGAAGAAAUCCGACAGAUUACAGACCAGAUACAAUUAAGGAUGAGUUUUACCAUCCAUUAAGUGAUGUCCUGCAGAAAGCACGUUCGACAAAUAUUGCAGUACUAACCGGAGAUUUGUAUGCACAGGUCGAUCAUUCAGAUACAGAGGUGUGAUUUGGAUGACCAAUUUGGACUUGUCAACCACUGGUCAGAUAGCGACGACCGUUUCCUGUAACUGAGUAAACUAUAACCGGUUCCUGGCUAGCAAUAACUGUCGGAAAAGUCGUCGCCGACAUGCUACCUGGUGUCCUCCUUCUACAUAUCAAGCCUGGACUCAUUGAUCACACCACAAUCAGCUACCGCUAGCAUGGUUGUGUAUAAGACUACCGCUCCUUCUGGAGUACUUAUCUUGACUCUGACGAUGCCCUCUUUUGAAUUACUCUGAUUUCACAUUUCAGUAGCCAAAAAAUUCAUCGUCCCAAACAGAUCGAUGUCAGUAAAUUGGUUGCAGUUUCCGUUGCAACUAAAUAUCAAACCGAGCUAGGCUCAAGGCUGGUUACCAUCACAUCGAAAAGUAUGGAUGAGCAUUGAGGGUAUUUGUAUAAAGCCGUGAAAAUGGAGAGUAAAGUCGCAUGCGAUUUCGCGAGAUGUCCUGUUUAUGAACACUGGGUUUCUACAAGCUUUUUACAACCCUUUAGGGCACGUCACUUUAUUCCGGCUAACCACGAGCUUGAUGAUAAACGUAGAUUCUUACGUAAGGACAUUUUGCAAAGUUUGCGCAAGGUCCAAGAAGUCUGGUGGUUAGAACGUGCCAAUAAUUUGGAAGCAGCAGCUGCAUCUGGUAACUGCCGGAAGCUUCUCCGGCUUAUCCGAGUCACUGGCAGCAAGCAGUCUGGUGCAAAACAAUCGGUGAAGCUGGUGGGAUUCCACUCAAACACAAGUACCGACAUAUUGGAUGAUAGGUAGUUUUUCGAGUAACAGAUUAUCUGGUCUGCUGCCCCGGCGAUGUCGAUCAGACUGUCCUGCCCUACAUGGCCCGUGACGACUGAUCUUUAUUUAUUUAUUUUAUUUUAACACAAAGAUAUUGGUACAAGGAGGCACCAAAUAUAUAUGCGCCACACAAAUCUCAUUAGAUAUGUGUGAGGGCUGUGAUACUGUCCGGGUGCCCAAACCGAAGUAGGUGGUUCUCUUAGGGGGCCACACCCAGAGCCUUCGAUCUGAAGGUCUGAUCCACGAGGC